UCCUUCCAAGACAGAGCUGACUCCCCAAAAAGAACCAGCGUCAAAGCCUCUUCAAGACUCCUCUGUUUGCUGCUCCUCUCUCACCAUGAAGAGCAUUGUACAACUCCUUUUAGCAGCCUUGCCAUGGCUGCUAUUCCUGCUCACUCCCAAAGGGUUUUGUAUCCAGAGAGUGCAUUGCCAGUGGGGGCCUUAUGGUGACUGGUCAGAGUGUGAUGGCUGCACCAAAUUACAGACAAGAAGCCGACCCAUGGCUGUCUAUGCUCAGUUUGGAGGGAACCCCUGUGAUGGGAAGCGGACCGAGACCAGGUCCUGUGAAACCACAAAAGGCUGCCCUCUAGAGGAUGGAUGUGGAGACCGAUUCCGCUGUCGAUCUGGGAAGUGUAUCAUCCGGUCUCUGGUGUGUAAUGGGGAUCAGGACUGUGAGGAAGAUGGACACGAUGAGCAUGUCUGUGACGUGGGAAAAUACAUAGUGUGUGUAAAUUCAGUUCUCCCACCAAACAUUGAACUUUUAGGGCUUGGGUUUGAUGUGGUGACAGGGAAGCGGAGGGCCAGUGUCAUCAACACAAAAAGCUUUGGGGGCCAGUGUCGCACCAUCUUCAGCGGUGUCCACAAUACUAUCUACAGACUGCCUCUUAGUACUAUUCAGUACAGCUUUAUGGUUAAAGUUGAGAAUGACUUCAGUGAUGAGAUGUACCAAAGUAAAUGGCACUUUGCAAAGGAAACUGUCACCAGAGAAACACUGAGCGGGACGACGUCAGGAUAUAGGAACUAUAACUUUCUUCAGACAUAUGACAAGAGUCAGGCCCAAAAGCUUGUGGUUUUACAGAGUGAAAUAGAGGUAGCUCAGUUCCAGAGCAACUCUCAUCAGUACCUCCCAAUAUCUGAGGAGUUUUGGAAGGCACUGGUUAAACUCCCAUCGGUCUACGACUAUGAUGCGUACAGGAAGGUUUUAGAGACUUUUGGAACACACUACCUGUCUGAGGGAAGCCUCGGAGGCUCCUUCAAGCUCAUCGCCAAGAUUGAUGAAGAAACUGAACGCUGGUUUGAAAGCGAAAGCCAUCAGUCUCGAGAAUGUGUAAGGACUCAGCGCUGGAUUCUUUUUUUCCGCAUCUCUGACCGUGUCGAGUGCACCAGCAGUCAAGGAGGAUACUCAACAUCCAGUGGUAAUACCAGGAGGAAUAAUAUUCAAAGAGUGGAUGUGCAGGGAGGAGGCAUUUCACAAGUUGCAGCCCUGAAAGGCAUACAGCCCUCUGAUCCGGACAAGAACUGGGAAAGAUUCUCAAACUGGGCAGAUUCUGUCAGAUCAUUUCCACAGGUCACAAAACAAACACUGCGGCCACUGUCAGAGCUGGUAAAGGAGGUUCAGUGUGCCGGGGUGAAGAAGAUCUACCUUCGCAGGGCAAUAGAGCAAUACCUGGCUGAGAGUGACACCUGCCACUGCCGGCCCUGCAGCAACAAUGGCUUGGUUGUCAGGAAUGGAGAUGAAUGCCAAUGCAUCUGUAAGCCUGGCACUUCCGGACUGGCCUGUGAGAAUGGUACUGAUGCUGAGGGUCAGCAAGGAGUGAUCCACGGUAGCUGGGCCUGCUGGUCUGACUGGUCAUCGUGCUCUGGGGGUAAAAAGUCAAGAAGUCGUUCCUGCUCUAAUCCCACUCCUCAGAACGGGGGACAACACUGUAGUGGAGAACCCACUGAGACGUCUGACUGUGGAGACGAAGACCUGGAAUACUUAAAAACAAUGGAGCCUCAGUGUUUUAACCAAACUCUCCCGGCCAGUCAGACGUGUGGACCCCCACCUACUCUAAUCAAUGGCUACAUCCUGGUCCCUAAGGACGUUUACCUUGUGGGCAGUAAGGUUGAGUAUACCUGCACUAUCGGUUUGUAUCUUAUUGGUGAAAGCACCCUAGAAUGCACUGCGAAUCAAACCUGGUCAUCUGGCCCUGGGUUGUGCACAGUCUCAAAGUGCCACCUUGAUUCCCUCGCUGAUGGCGUCAUAGCCACUCCUUUUCAGCCAGUCUAUGGCAUAGGCGAAACAGUCACCUUGUCCUGCCCAGAAGGUAGACAGGUAUUAGGAGAAGCAACAAUUAUAUGUACCCCAAAUCUGCAGUUUUCACCGGACCCAGCGAGCAUCAAAUGCAGCCCAGCUGUAGUGCCACAACAACGCAGCCUUCCCUUGGUGCAGUGUAAACCCUGGGAGAAGUCUUCUAGAGGACAAUGUGUUUGCAAAAUGCCCUUCGAGUGCGGGGCAUCUUUGGAGGUGUGUGCCACUGCUGCUAGGGGUAUAAAAUCCAUCCUUCUGAAUGUGUGCAAAAUGCACGCACUGCAGUGUAUGGGGAAGAGCUACACAAUAGCUGACGACAGCACCUGCAAGUGGCCGGAGCGCAACACAGCAGGCUGCACCAAUUGUCACAUGUGGGAGACCUGUGAUGAUCAAAGCAACGAGUGUCGCUGUAGGGACACCGCAGAUUGCUCGAACCAAGGUGCAGAUGUGUGUGUCCAAGUUGGGCAGAAUGCAACUGCAGCGUCUCAGACCAUGAGCGAGUGUGAAGCAGGACUACAGCGAUGUAAGGGAGAAGAGGUGUCAGUUCUCAGCAUCCUGCCAUGUGCUGCUGCCUGAGGAUGCAAGAGGAGGGCUUGACCUUGUGACCUUUUUAUCUUCAGCUUCCUUUUACAUAUUAAUCUUUUAUGACGCUACUUCAACAUAUUGUAAAAGUUAUGCAUGUGUAAAACUAUAAUAUGAAACUGUAUUACACCAGGAAUAAAUAGCAGAACACCA